AUGUUGAAUUCAAUUGUUAAGAAAAGUUUAUUGAAUAAUGGGAAAUUUAUUUCUACUAGACAAAAUUUGUUAUUGAAAAAUCAAAAAAAAUUAUUUUCAACAUCUUUUAAACGUUUAGAAACUUCAAAUCCAAAUAAAGUUUUAAUUAAAAAACCUUUUUAUAAGAGAGCAGGUAGUGCAAUCUUAAAAUAUGGUUUGAUCGGUUCUUUCUUAGGUAUAUCGUAUGUCUCAUACGCGCUGUACAAAGAAAAUAAUCCAAGUAAACAAAUUCCACAGUCAGACACUUUUGAAAAUGGUUCAAAGAGAAAGACUGUUGUCAUUUUAGGUUCCGGUUGGGGUUCUAUCUCUCUUUUGAAGAGUUUAGAUACUUCUUUAUAUAACGUUAUUGUUGUUUCUCCAAGAAACUAUUUCCUUUUCACACCUUUGUUACCUUCCACACCUGUGGGUACAGUUGAAUUGAAAUCUAUUAUUGAACCUGUUAGAUCAAUUGCUAGAAGAUCAAAUUCAGAAGUCACUUAUUAUGAAGCAGAUGCUUUAACGGUUGAUCAUGUAGCAAAAACUGUUCAUGUUAAAUCUGUCAAUGAAAAUGAUUAUGAGACAGAUUUAUCUUACGAUUAUUUAGUCGUUGGUGUUGGUGCUCAGCCAACUACUUUCAAUAUUCCGGGUGUCGAUAAAUUCUCUUCUUUCUUAAAAGAAAUUUCCGAUGCUCAAGAUAUUAGAUUGAAAAUUAUGAAUAGUAUAGAACAAGCAGCUCUAUUGGAACAAAAUGAUCCAGAAAGAGCUAGAUUGUUAAGCUUUGUCGUUGUAGGUGGUGGUCCAACUGGUGCUGAAUUUGCCGCUGAAUUGAGAGAUUAUGUGGAUCAAGAUUUAUCUAAAUGGAUGCCUGCUUUAAGUAAAGAAAUUAAAAUUGCUAUUGUUGAGGCUACUCCCCAUAUCUUAAGCAUGUUCCCUCAAAAUUUGAUUGAAUAUUCUCAAGCUCUUUUCACUAAAGGUGGUAUUGAUUUGAAAUUAAAAACUGCAGUUAAAAAAGUAGAUGCUACUACUAUUUAUGCAGAAAAUAGAGAUACACAACAAAUUGAAGAAAUCCCUUAUGGUGUCCUAGUUUGGGCUACUGGUAAUGCUCCAAGAGAUGUCUCUAAGAAUUUGAUGCAACAAUUGGGUCCUGAAAAACAAAACUCAAGACGUGGUCUAGUGAUUAACGACAGAAUGGAAUUAGUAGGUGCAGAAGGCUCUAUUUAUGCUAUCGGUGAUUGUGCCUUCUAUCCAGGUCUAUUCCCAACUGCCCAAGUAGCUCAUCAAGAAGGUGAUUAUUUGGCUACUGUUUUCGAAAAGUUACAUAAGAUUGAUCAAUUGAAAUUCGCUAAUGAAUCUUUGAAGGAUGCUAAUAAGAUUAAGAACAAUAACACUAAGAUCGACAAGCUGUACAAGAAGAUUGAUAAGUUCCAUUAUCAUCAUUAUGGUACAUUGGCUUAUAUCGGUAAUGAACAAGCCAUUGCUGAUGUUACUGUUAAUGGUUACCAAUUCAAAGGUGCCGGUGCUGUUACUUUCUUAUUUUGGAAAUCAGCUUAUUUAGGUAUGUGUGUCAGUUUAAGAAACAGAUUAUUAGUCGCAAUGGAUUGGUUUAAAGUUUACUUUAUCGGUAGAGAUUCAUCCAUUUAA